UCCUGGCCCCUGCAGCGGCCCGAGGGCAACGGGCUGACUGGCCCAGACCGCGACCGUACACGAAAGCCGGGAGGUCCAGAGCCUUUUUAAUCGCCAGCCAUGUUUAGUCAGAGCCAACGACAAGGCAUUUUGCCAGAUGUCGCUGGCUGUCACCUCAGGAUUCCUCCCGAUAUAUACUGAGGGACAAGCUGAAUUGCGGCUCAAAGGCCGGGUAGCGCCCGACCCCAGCAGAAGCCGUUCCGGCACAACCGUGGGUAGCCCAUAAGCGCAUCCUGACAUUGUCUCAGCAUCCCAUUGCCAUGGCAACAUCCUCCUCCUUUGCAGAGAUCAUUAAGAAAGAUUUUCUCAAUUGCAAACUCUGCUUUGAGAAAUACUAUAACCCCAAGGCCCUGCCGUGCCUCCACACUUACUGUGAGGAGUGUCUGAGGAAGCUGGUGCCACACAAAACCAAAGUCUUUCAGUGCCCGGAAUGCAGAGAGGAAGUCAUCCUGAGUAAAGGAGGCAUCAGCAACCUGAGGACAAACUUCUACAUCAACGACCUUCUCAACGCUUUGCAACUCAAUGAGAAGAUUGACAAGAUGUGUAACGUUUGCCCACCAAAAUGGCGGCACGAUAGACCCGCGGUCACCGAGUGCCUUGACUGCCCCAGUUUCAUGUGUCAGCUCUGCACAAAUAAGCACCUCUCAACUCUCUCACAGCACCACCACAGGGUGCUGAUGCUCUCUGCCACCAGCUGUGAUGCUCUCAAGCUUGUGACAAAGGUUUGGCAACGACCAACUCUUCGCUGCAGUUUCAACACUGAGCUCCAUCGAGACUCCUAUACUCCUAAGCUGACCGGCGUCAGCAUGCUGAGGAAGGGAGACAUCAUUUUGGUGGAUGAAGCCAACGGCACUCUGAAGAGUUACUCGAUUGAUGGGUCUUUCCGGAUGUGGUUCUCAGUGGCCGACACAGACAAGGAUCCGUGCAGCGUCACGGUGUGCGGUGACCAGAUCGCUUACUCUGCGGAUGGCCAGCUUUAUAUCGUAGAACUCAACGGUGAUCUCGUGAAACAGCUUUUGCUCAAAGGUUCGGAACCCAGUUACCCCAUCACCGCUUACAAAGACGAGUAUUUGGUGGUCAGCGAGGGGACGUUGUGUUCGCUGUCUCUCUACAACCUCGAUGGUCAAGCCAUUGACCGAGUGAAGCCACGAGGGUAUCAAGGUAACCGCUUUCUCUUCGUCGCGGUGAGCAGCCAAGAGAAUUUCAUCGUGUCUGACGUCGGCAAGAAAUGCCUGGUUAUCUUUACGAGGAGUGGGGAUGUCUUAAGGGUUUGUGACGAGAUCUUGAUGCAAGGGGUGCCUCGAUGCCUGAAUCCUUUUGGCGUUUGCGUUGACAAAUACGACAAUAUCUACGUAAGCGAGCCAGGCUGCAUCAUCUCAUUCUCUCCCACGGGGAUAUUCAAACGGGAAAUGCUGGCUGCUAAGGAUGGGAUAAAAAAGCCUCGCGCCAUAACAGUCGAUGAAGACGACAACCUGAUAGUGACCCAGACCGACGGGGAGGUUUAUGUCUAUGAAUUAUUCCUCGAUUAA